CAGAGCGGAGAUUGAAACUGAGCUGGGACUUCAGUGGCGCCGAGACUUGCCAGUUUCACUCCAGGAACUUUUCUUUGCAGGAGGGAGGAGAGAAGGGUGCAAUCGCCCCCGCUUUCUGCUCUCUCUUCCCCUCCUCCUCCUCCUCGCCAGUUCGCCUUCCCCCACUUGGAGCGGGCAGCUGCGGGCUGGCCCCCGCGCGCCUUCCUAAACGCUCGUCCCUGCGGCCGAGUGACGCGCCAGGCUCCCCGGGAGCUGCUCGCCCCGCGCCCGGGCCGCCGAGGGGAGAGGAGCCCGCGCCUCGAGUGCCCGAGCCGCCGCGGCUUCUCGCCUUUCCCGGCCACCCGCCCCCUGCCCCGGGCCUGCGUAUGAAUCUCCUGGACCCCUUCAUGAAGAUGACCGACGAGCAGGAGAAGGGCCUGUCCGCCGCCCCUAGCCCCACCAUGUCCGAGGACUCGGCGGGCUCGCCGUGCCCUUCGGGCUCCGGCUCCGACACCGAGAACACGCGGCCCCAGGAGAACACGUUCCCCAAGGGCGAGCCGGACCUGAAGAAGGAGAGCGAGGAGGACAAGUUCCCCGUGUGCAUCCGCGAGGCCGUCAGCCAGGUGCUCAAGGGCUACGACUGGACGCUGGUGCCCAUGCCGGUGCGCGUCAACGGCUCCAGCAAGAACAAGCCGCACGUCAAGCGGCCCAUGAACGCCUUCAUGGUGUGGGCGCAGGCGGCGCGCAGGAAGCUGGCCGACCAGUACCCGCACCUGCACAACGCCGAGCUUANCGCAGGGGACGCGCCCCUGUCUCUUUCUCCCCGCGCCGGCCCCAGACUGCUGAACGAGAGCGAGAAGCGGCCGUUCGUGGAGGAGGCGGAGCGGCUGCGCGUGCAGCACAAGAAGGAUCACCCGGACUACAAGUACCAGCCGCGCCGGAGGAAGUCGGUGAAGAACGGCCAGGCGGAGGCCGAGGAGGCCCCGGAGCAGACGCACAUUUCGCCCAACGCCAUCUUCAAGGCGCUGCAGGCCGACUCGCCGCACUCCUCCUCCGGCAUGAGUGAGGUGCACUCCCCCGGCGAGCACUCGGGGCAAUCCCAGGGUCCACCGACGCCCCCCACUACCCCCAAAACUGACGUGCAGCCAGGCAAGGCCGACCUGAAGCGGGAGGGGCGCCCCCUGCCAGAGGGGGGCCGGCAGCCCCCCAUCGACUUCCGCGACGUGGACAUCGGCGAACUGAGUAGCGACGUCAUCUCCAACAUGGAGACCUUCGACGUCCACGAGUUCGACCAGUACCUGCCGCCCAACGGGCACCCGGGGGUGCCGGCCACGCACGGCCAGGUCACCUACACGGGCAGCUACGGCGUGAGCAGCACGGCGGCCAGCCCGGCGGGCGCGGGCCACGUGUGGAUGUCCAAGCAGCAGGCGUCGGGCCCCGCGCAGCGAACGCACAUCAAGACGGAGCAGCUGAGCCCCAGCCACUACAGCGAGCCGCAGCAGCACUCGCCGCAGCAGAUCGCCUACAGCCCCUUCAGCCUGCCGCACUACGGCCCCGCCUACCCGCCCAUCACGCGCGCGCAGUACGACUACAGCGACCCCCAGAACUCGGGCGCCUACUACAGCCACGCGGCCGGCCAGGGCUCCGGCCUCUACUCCACCUUCAGCUACAUGAGCCCGGCGCAGCGGCCCAUGUACACGCCCAUCGCCGACACCUCGGGGGUGCCCUCCAUCCCCCAGACCCACAGCCCGCAGCACUGGGAACAGCCGGUGUACACACAGCUCACCAGACCCUGAGAAGAGCUCGCACGGGGCGGGCGCCCGCGAUGCUGGCCGUGAUGAUCGCAGAAAGAACCGAAGAAACAAACGCGCGACCCUUUGGACAUUUUUUUUUUCCUUCUCUCUCUCUCUCUCUCUUUUUUUUUUUUUUUAAAGACACGUUAACGCUGAAGGCGACUCGGACGCAGAUCCCAAGACACUAAACUUUGAGCUAUCCAGACGCAUCACCGCCUUGUCGUUAGACCGGUGGCCAGCUCACUCUUGGCUAGAAUGGACCGGCGGAACCGACGCCGAAACUGGACUGGAAACCUUCAAAGCGAGCGUGGAGGACGAUGGAGAGUCUCUCGUGUGACCAGUUUGCUCAGUUCUCUCUGCCUGUUUGGACUUCGUAAUUAUUUUUUAGCAGUAAUUAAAGAAAAAGAAAGUCCUCUGUGAGGAAUAUUCUCUAUUUUAAAUAUUUUUUAGUAUGUACUGUGUAUGAUUCAUUACCAUUUUGAGGGGAUUUAUACAUAUUUUUAGAUAAAAAGAAUUAAAUGCUCUUAUUUUUCCAACAGCUAAAACUACUUUAGUUUGAACAGCGUGCCCUAGCUUUUCUUGCAGCCAGAGUAUUUUUGUACAGAUUUGCUUUCUCUUACAAACAAAGGAACGAAAAAACAGCAAAAAAAAAAAAAAAAAAAAGGAUGUGUGUUAUAUUAACCUGCAAAAGCCGCAGAUUUGUGUUACUGGGCAGUUUGGGGAGGGUGAGCUUUGCUUAACUCCUCAGGCUUUCCAAUUCAAGGAGAAGUUGCCUUAGAAAGAAAAAUCAAGGCCUUAUAUUGCAAAGACAGAAGUAAACAAUAGUCUAGAGACUAUUGCGUGAGCAUCUGGUAAGCUUUAUCAUAUAUAUGUUUUUUAAGCAAGAAAAAAAAAAGCCACCUUAAAGCCUUAAAACCAUGCUGCUGGAAAAUUUUUGCCCCCUCUUUGAAUGCAUUUCUUCCUGUAUUUGCUUGUUCGCCACAAUCUUAAGCAGCAGAAGGCAAGCAAAGGAGACGAAAUCUGUCUGGGGACUGCUUCAGCAGCCAAUAAGUGCCCCAGCACACUGCCCCCAGGUCGCCUGCCCCGGCCCCAUGUGGAAUACAGAUGCUAGAAUCCUUUCACUAACACUAUCACCCGUGCCUCUCUGAACACCAGCAGUUAACCUUCAAGACAUUCCACGUGCUAAAAUUAUUUAUUUUGUAAGGAGAGGUUUUAAUGAAAAACAACAACAAAAAAAAUCUCCCUCUUUUUUUUUUUAUUUUUUAAAUUUACCUUCUUUAAAAUAGGUUAUUGCAGCCGUCCUCAAAGGGUAUGGUCAUCUGUUGUUAAAUUAUGUCCUUAACUGUAACCAGUUUUUUUUUUAUUUAUCUCUUUAAUCUUUUUUUUUAUUAAAAGUUUCUUUGGAUUCCUUGUCCUAGAUUUGUAUAAAUGCCUUUUUUGUCUUUUUUUUUUUCCUUUCCUCUUUGUUGUUUUGUUGAAAACAAACUGGAAACGUGUUUCUCUUUUUGUACACAUGAGAGUUUGCAGAUGUAGUGUAUCACUGAGUCAUUCGCAGUGUUUUCUGCCACAGAUCUCGGGGCUGUCUAAACUGUGUCUUUGGUGUGUGCUGACACCAACAAUACAAGCGUGUGUCAUCAGCGUCCCCUGCAUGUCUCUUGGAGAGAGAGAGGAACAGGGGAGGAGGCUCAGCCCACUGACAAAUCUUAAUUCCUAAUUACUUCUGUGGCUGGAGAGUUUGAGGAUUGCUUUUUAAAAAAGACAGCAAACUUUUUUUUUAUUUAAAAAAAGAUAUAUUAACAGUUUUAGAAGUCAGUAGAAUAAAAUCUUAAAGCACUCUUAUAAUAUGGCAUCUUUCCAUUUCUGUAUAAAAGCAGAUCUUUUUUUAAGAAAAAAUAUUUCUGUAACUUAAGAAACCUGGCAUUUAAAUCAUAUUUUGUCUUUAGGUAAGGUUUGGUUUGUGUUUGUGUUUUGUUUGUUCCGCUUGUCCCCCCACCCAAACCUUUUGUUUUCUCUGUGAAACUUACCUUUCCUUUUUCUCUUCCUUCCUUUUUUUUUUUUGUAUAUUGUUUACAAUAAAUAUACAUUGCAUUAAAAAGAAAA